CCCAGUAGGUUGGGCUUUAGUCAGUUCCUUAGAAUCAGUUUCGGUUUGAAUUGUCCUCAAGUUUCAAGGAAGCCUGAGCUGUAUGGAGAAGACAUUUCUUCUUCUCCUGCUUAAUGUACCUUAUCCCCACAUUUUUCUGUUAUCCAUCCUCGUAUGUCCCUCUGCCAGCUAGAAGGAACCCUGGGUGGAAGCUACUGCUUGUUGCAGUGGUCUAAGCAGCAACCUAUGCGUUUUUGUUUUUGUUUUAUUUUGUUUUGGCUGUUUAUUUAGUUGACUUCUAUGAGGGAAUCUGACAAAGAGCAACUGUUUGUUGUUUUAUUUUCUUUCGCGUCUUUGCCUGAGGAGCUGUGCCAAGUCCUGACAUCCAGUACAGAACAUGUUCCUCCUCCUGCUAAUUCUGAGCCUGGAAAUGCAGCUUCAUCAGACAGCAGCUUUAUUCACAGUGACAGUCCCAAAGGAAAUGUACACCGUAGACUACGGCAGCAACGUGACCUUGGAGUGUGAUUUUGACACUGGAGGUGACAUGGAACUUAGAGAUUUAAAAGCCAGUUUGCAAAAGGUGGAAAAUGAUACAACUUUGCUCAGUGAAAGAGCCACUUUGCUGGAGGAGCAGCUGCCCCUGGGGAAGGCCUUGUUCCACAUCCCCCGAGUUCAAGUGAGGGAUGCAGGGCAGUAUCUCUGUCUGAUCAUCUACGGGAUCGCCUGGGACUACAAGUACCUGACUCUGAAAGUCAAAGCUUCCUACAAGAAAAUAAACACUCGUAACCUUAAGGUCCCAGGGACAGAUGAGGUAGAGUUCACCUGUCAGGCUGAAGGUUACCCCCUGGCAGAAGUGUCUUGGCCAAACAUCAGCGUUCCUGCCAACACCAGCCACACCAAGACCUCAGAAGGCCUCUACCAGGUCACUAGCGUUCUGCGCCUAAAGCCACACCCUGGAAGAAAUUUCAGCUGUGUGUUCUGGAAUCCCAGUAUGAAGGAACUUACUUCAGCCAUCAUUUACCAAGGUGAUGUGGAACCUUCCAAGAUCCCUCCAUCUUCACUGCUUCAUAUUUUCAUCCUCUUCUUCAUCAUUGCUUUAAUGUUCAUAGCCACAAUGAUAGUCCUAAGAAAACGGCUCUGCCAGAAGUUCUGUUCUAGAGAAGAUACAACAAAAAAGUUCUGUCACCACAGUAAGGAGGAACAUGAGUAGAGCUAUCUGAACCUGUGGUCUCAGAAGCUGAGGUGACCUGACAGGACAUCCUCAAGAAGCUUCUGGACUUUGAACAAGAAUCAUUUGGCCUGCAGAACUUACUGUUUUUACUUUUCAAAUGCCUUUGUGUAAGCCAGCACUUUAAUCUGGAGGCUGCAAGACUAAGACUAGGCAGCACCUGCCAAGGUGGGCUUAAGGGAGUCAGGCAGCCACCCCUCCACUGAUCUGGGCUCUCAUUUCUGCAGCCUGUGGCUCCGAGCAAACACUACUGCACUUUAGAAAAUGACCACACUGAGUCCUGGGCCCCAGUGAGUGUCCUGAGACUCUUUCUUGCUGCCAGACUGAAAACAAAGGGGAUUAUUUACCCCUACAUUUCCAAAGUGAUUUUUCAGAAGCAGAGACAAGUGAACAUUUCCAGUUACAGAAACAGACUGAUUGCCAAUAAAAUUAUUUUUGUCUCUGGUUUCCUCUGGAUACUGGAAAAGCCUGUUGAGACUGUGAGCUCACAGGGCUUUAUACAAAAUCAAGACAUAACUGACAUGUUUUAUGAGUUACUGGAAUCCCGAAAGCAGCUGAGUUGUUCUAAUUAGGUAUUUAAGCAUUCAAGUACACAGAGUGGUCGACUACAAAUUGUGGAGAAAAGCCAUUGAGUGUUUUUUGUGAGGUCUAAAUCACAAAGCAUUUGUUUUAGCCUGUAGUGGCACUACUUGAAUGGUGUUUUGUUUUAUUUUUUUAACUACAUCCUUCCUUCAAAAAGUCUAUCUUUUUAACCUCAAAAAACCAAUGAUAUACAUUUAAAAUUUUGGCAUGCUAAUAUGCUAUUUCUGCAAAGAUUUCAGAUGAGUAGCCAUGAUGAUCAGAGCCCCAAACUAAGGCUCCUUUCCUGGCCCUCUAUAUGACUUUAAACAUAACCUUUCAGGGGCUGGUUUCCAUGUCUGUGACAUUGCUGAUACUCGCUAGCUGAGGCCUCUGAUGGUCGACACCAUAGAAAUCCUGUGGGAUCCCACUAUGGUUGUGUCAAAGGGGAUGGUAAAUGGACAUAGCAAAAACAGAUUUGUCAUAUUAAGUUGUGUUGGGGCUAUGAAGCUCAGGGCAUGAGUUGACCCAUAAACUAUCCACAUGCAUACAGGAUCAAGUAUAAGUGAUGAGUGGGCCUGAAGCAAACUCUUUAACUGGUGCUCAGACUAAGAAGAAUUUGAGGUUAAUAGGAAUGAAAGGGUGUGAAAGUAAGUAACAGACAAAUUACAUAACAUCUCAGUUUCUCAAGUCUCUGUCUAUACAAAUCAAAGAAAGCCACUGAAGACUAAAACAAUUGUUUAUUCUUCAGAGUGUUCCAAGUGUUUUACGUUUGGCUAAGUGAUUUCCUCAGGGCCCAUCCAAGUCACUAAGUUUAAUAUUCCAUCAGGCCAGUUGGCUCCCACAGAUUUGAAAGCCUUCGAGGAACACUUGGAUGCCCUCUUCAGAAGGGCAGGGUCCUCUGGCUGAUUCCCAGGUCUCGUGUGUUGGUCUGGGGUCCCUGCUCAAAGAGCAGCACUUCCUAAUGCUGAGGAGAUCAGAGCAGGCAGGCAAGACCUCCCUGAGGAAGCAAGUCCAUUUAUGCUGGGCCCCACCUCCCUACAGAUGUGCGAUUAGCAUGCUGAAUCCUUGGGUGGUAAUAUUCCUCUGUUAGGAACCCAGUGAAACAAUAGGUUCUUUCAAAAUACCACCAUCUUUGGUCCUACACUGGAGCUAUUUUCUAAAAUGCCAAAUAGGGACAGGGGUCCUCAGCCCCAGUAUCGAAAUCCAGGCUUCUUUGGGGAAGAAGACCAUUGGGCAGUGCGUCCUAGUGUGAGAAAUGUUCUACACUACAGUGUAUAAUCAUAACAUUUACCAAGUACUUCCCAAGUUCACGGUGUUAUUUAGCAUUUUAUACAUAUUAUUGAAAUCAAUUUUCUCAAAACCCUCUGAAAAAGGCACUGUUUAUGUCUCCAUUUUAAAGAGUAAGGAAACUGGGGCACAGAGAGAUUAAGAAAUUUGGUUAAGGCUGUCUGUUUAGUCUGGAAGGGAAGAGUUAAGUCAGUGAAGCCACACUUAUUAUACUCCUCCAUAUGUCACGAUUUCCUACCCGAUGGGACUUUAAGAUGAGAAUUUACUGGUUUCAUUAACCAUGUGAUCCCUUUUGCUGGUCAAGGAUUAAUUUCAUUCUUACUUUUUCCAAACGGGCACUUUGGGAGGAGGGUGGGUAGAGGACAGGCUCUGGCGUCAGAGAUUCCAACCCAACUCAAUACUUCAGUCUUAUAGGAAUAUACAUGUAUUUGUUUUCAUAUUCUUUUUCAUCAUAAGUUACUACAAGAUAUUGAAUAUAGUUCCCUGUGCUAUACAGUAUAAACUUGUUGUUUAUCUGUUUUAUAUA